UGAAAUACGUAAACUCAGAUCUCAGCUCACCAAUGCAGUAAACUCAGUUCUACUAGCAGUUAAUGUUAUCAUGGAUCCAAAGAUGGCGCCCCCUAGUGAACUACAGGCGAAGCUUUUACGUCAAAUAAUCCUGACAGGGCUUUCUGAUCACAUUGCAAGAAAACUUCCAGAACCAAAUACUGGAACAAAUGAAGAAAAGAAAAAGUUAAAGAUGGCAUAUCAGAGUAUACACCUAGAGGAGCCUGUCUACAUACAUCCCAAUUCUGUGCUAUACAAACAAAACCAUGAAUAUGUAGUGUUCCAAGACAUCACAGAAACAUUGAAACUCUACAUGAGAGGUGAGAUCAGCUAAAUUGUAUUUUCAUAACUGCAUAUGAUAAAUCGGACAAACUUUGGAUGAGCUGACGAGGAUAAAGUUAGAAAGAAGGGAAACUUCCAGAGAGAGGGUGCUAAAAAGGAAGAAAAACAUCCUACACCUGACACCAUAUCAAGAUUUUAUAUA